CUUUUACACUCCCAGCUUCGCCGGACGCGAGAUGGACUCCGCAGGGAAAGACGCAGCCGUUGCGGGCAAGUUUCGGAUAGCCAUCAUCGGCUCCGGCCCGAUAGGCAAACUGCUCGCCUGCUCAGCAGCAACGCACCCUCGCAUCGAGAUUGUCCAGUACGAGGCCGACGUUCUGCCUCUCCGACCAUCGUUUGGGUACGGCGUCGGGCCGCAGACGCUGCUCGCAGCCAGGGUGCUCAACCCGGAGCUCGGCCGCCAGCUCGAGGAGACAUGCUACACAUCCCGCACAUGGAUGCGUGCGUGGCACGGGGGCGUCGAGGACCGCUUCGUCGCCAACGUGGAGGUGCCGGAGGGCAAGGUUUACGGACGCGUGGGUCGAGGCGAGCUCAUGGAGCUAUUAGACAGGGCACUGCCCGAAGGAAGAAGCACGUCAGACAUCCGUUACGGAAAGCGCCUGGCAGAUGUGCGACAUGUCGGCCCACAGCAACUCGAGCUCGCCUUUGAGGAUGGCACCAGGGCGUCUGCCAACGCGGUGUGGGCUGCCGACGGCGUCAACUCGACGUGCCGCAAGCUUGUCCAGGGGGACAGCUACCGCCCGCCGAGCUAUACUGGGUUCCUUGCGUUCCGAGGCAAGGUCGACACGACCAAGGUGGCGGAGGCGGUUGGCGAGCCGUUUUCGCGCGAGUCGUACAGCUUCGUUGGGGCAAAGGGCUGGCAUCUGCUCAUCUUUCCGAUCGAAGACAGCACUUUGACGAAUGUGGCGGCAUUUUGCAUCGAGAGGGAGCAAAAGAAGCUGAGCCGUGCCAGCAAGGUGACCAUGGACGAGCUGCUUGGCUACUUUCCAGGCCGCAACGCCAAAGUAGACGCCUUGUUGAGGCUCAUGCAAACGGAGACGCCGGGAGGAUGCCAGCGCCUCGAGUUGUCGCAUCUGGGAGAAAUAGGGAGUCUGGUCAACGCAGACCUCUGCAUGACGACGUUUGGCGACGCCGCGAACGCCAUGACGCCGCACAUUGCCGGGUCCAUGUCGUGCGGCUUCAUAGGCUGCACGACCUUUUUGCAUGAAGAAUGGAACCCGCGGGUUCUGUCGGGAGAGCUGCCGGCAGAUGCUUCCGACGCGGAGAUAGCCAAUGCCCUGAUGGAAGCAUCCCGAGGAUAUCAGGAGAAGCACCUUCCGCUGGCGCAGCGCUUGGUCAACGCGUCUCUGGAACAGGCCUCGCUGUGGGCCGGCGGGAUCGCAGAUGUAGAGGUCCUACGAGAACGGCCCCUAUUCCUCUGGGGUUGCGUCGAUGACAGGUGGUGAGCUUGUACGGAAAUAUGACGCAGGCGGGGCUGUUGCCUCGUUCUUGGGAAUGGCAGCAGGCGAGCAGACGCUUGAGAUGCCUGCGUAUGCAUGAGCUGUCGUGCAUCAAUGAUCAUUAGAUGCUGAACUCGGAGUCAAAUCAAGACAAGUCGCAAAGAGCGUCAU